AUGGCAGGCGACACUGCUGAGUACAGUCACAAUGGUCUUGACAUAACAUUGUCAGCGAAGUUCUGUCGGCAUUGCUUAGCGGAUCAGGACAGUUCGUCCACGCCAACGAACACGAUGCGGUCACUCCUCACCAUCUUCAGCGCAUUGCUGGCAUACACCACUGCCGUGUAUGCUACUGCCCUUACCUACAGACUAGAGGCACAUGAGCAAGCAUGCUUCUACGCGCACGUUGAGAACAAGGGGACCAAGUUGGCUUUCUACUUUGCAGUCCAAUCCGGAGGCUCAUUCGAUGUCGACUAUCUGGUUGUCGGCCCAACAGACAAGACCAUCCUGGAUGGAACCAAGGAGCGACAGGGCGAUUUUGUAUUCACGGCAAACGAUGUGGGAGAAUACCGUUUCUGCUUCAACAACGAGAUGAGCACUUUUGCGGAGAAGAUGGUCGAUUUCGAAAUCGCCGUUGAGAACGAAGCCGCCCGUGCCAAGAUCCCGUCCAAGCAGGGCUCCUCCCCUGAACAGACCUCGGUCCUUGAGGAGUCUAUUCUUAAGUUAUCCGCACAACUCUCCACCAUCUCCCGCAACCAGAAGUACUUCCGCACGCGCGAGAACCGCAACUUCAGCACCGUCAAAAGUACCGAGAAGAGGAUAUUCAACUUCAGUUUGAUGGAGUCAGGCUUGAUUAUGACCAUGGCAGGGUUGCAGGUCUUCAUUGUUCGCUUCUUCUUCCAGGGCGCGAGGAAAGGCACGGUUCGACGGCCUUCCAAGUAUGCCAAAUCAGCAAGUAGCCGCGCAAGCAACGACCCCAGAACUCUGCCGAGCCAGCAGCGGAUGCGUGCCCGACCCACCAGCAGUUCUGGCGGUGCAUGUGGUGUACCGCCUUGGCAUCCUCUAUUCAAGGUGACGACAGUGCUACAAAAUGCACAAUCAGCCCGUAUGAAUACUCAGAACGGACAACAAUAUGGGCUAUUGCAUCCACAACAGCAAAUGAUGAUGCUACAGGAGCAGCACCGUAUGCAGCAGCAUCACUUGCAGCAAUGUCAUUUGCAGCAGUACCAUUUGCAGCAACACCAUCUGCGGCAACAGAGGCUACACCCAGCAGUACCACAGCAAGAACGAAUGCCGCACUUAGCAGCACCACAGCAGCAGCAGUAUCAGUGGUAUACGUAUGCACAACCUCCACAGCCGGUGCCUCAGCAACAGCCAACGCCUCCAUAUUCUUUACCUGCACUUGCUGCAUCCAACAUUGCUACACUAAGCGACGAAUUGGCCGCAGCAGAUGCUAUUAUGCCUGAUGCCAUACCCACGAAGAAGGCGCGUGGCAGGCCCAAGAAAAUUGCACCUACUGUUCUACCCCCAGAGCCCAUUACAGAACCAACGGAGCAGACCAAGGAGACGACAUCCUCCCAAGUAGAUGACUCAGACGAAUUCGAUCAUCUACCCGGCUACUCCCCGAGAGGUGAAGAAUCAGAACUUCUCGAAUGGGGAUUGCAACAGCAAGCAAAGAACCGCGAAAGCGCCGAAAAAUGGAGGACAGGCUCGUACGGCGAGAGCACUUGGGAUUAUGAUCUUUUUGAAGAGAGCCCCGAGAGCCCAUGGAACUAUGACCUCGAAAGACGCGAUCGCGGCAAAGCCCUAUCCCCUUUUACACUUGGCAGUAUGGUAUUGCUUACUACCCUCAAAAAUAUCGCCGUGGUUGGUGCGAGCGGCAAUGUUGGCACCCAUAUUACAUCGGCUCUCCUUGCGAAAACACACUUCAACGUCACAGCGAUCACACGUACAGACUCCAAAGCUACCUUCCCACCGGGCGUUCGAGUCGCACGUAUCGACUAUAACAGCCCAGACACCAUAGUCAGAGCUUUGACAGGACAGGAUGCACUUGUUAUCACGAUGAGCGUGUUUGCUGGUGGCGCGCAGGAGCAACUCAUUCGUGGGGCAGCUCAAGCCGGCGUACCAUGGGUUCUACCAAACGAGUUUGGUAUGUACAACACAGAGGAGGCUCAGAAUGAAACUAUCGGACCGGGAAAGACCAUCGCUCGCAAACUCAUCGAGUCGCUCGGUGUUUCCUCUUGGGUAGGUGUCACCUCAGGUUUCUGGUACGAGUACUCCCUCAGCGGCGGUUACUACGGCAUCAACAUACCGAAGCGCGAGGUCACUUACAUAGACGACGGCAAACAGCGUCUGAACACCGCCACAUGGCCCCAGACUGGACUUGCCGUGGCAAACUUGCUAUCCCUGCCAGUAUCUGGAUCUGAUAGCGAUGGGCCGACCCUGGAGCAAUAUCGCAACCGCAUGCUCUUCGUCUCUUCUUUCGCUCUUAACCAGCGCGAGAUGUUCGAGGCUGUGCAGAAAGCAACAGGAACUAGGGAGAAGGAUUGGAAAAUCACAUCCGAGCCAGCAAAGCAACGCUUGGCUACAGCCAGGCAAAGGAUGAUGAUGGGCGAUCGUAGGUCCUUUGCAACGGUUUUGUACACACGCUAUUUUAUUGACGAGACGGGUUUGUAUGAGAAGAAUCAUGGCCUGAACAAUGACGAGCUGGGCCUUCCGAAAGAGGAUCUGGACGAAGCUACGAAACGGGCCGUGGACCUGGCGUAUACGGAUUUUCACAAGAACAUGUACUCGUAG